GCGCAUGCGCUGUCGGUCUCCCUCGCGCCGACCGCUCUCUGCUCGUCGUUGCCGGCGGGCCCCGGGAGCUGUCGCAGCUUCGCGUCGGGCGCCGCAGCAGUUGGCGACCGUUGACAGCCCGCACGCCCGCCAGCUCGCGGGGAGUAUGCCCGGCCGGGCCGCGCACCAGGAGGCGGCGGCGGCGGCGGCGGGAGGACCAGAGCCCACUGCAGCCGGGGGGAGCGCGGGGGCCGCCGCGCAGCAGGAGCAGCGGGGCCUGGCGGGCGCCUUCCCGCUGGUGCUGAAGAAGCUGAUGGAGAACCCGCCGCGGGAGGCGCGCCUGGAUAAAGAGAAGGAGAAGAUAAAGCUUGAGGAAGAUGAGGCAGCGGCUGCCAGCACUAUGGCAGUCUCAGCUUCCCUUAUGCCGCCCAUUUGGGACAAAACUAUUCCUUAUGAUGGCGAGUCGUUCCACCUGGAGUACAUGGAUCUGGAUGAGUUCCUGCUGGAGAAUGGAAUUCCUUCCAGCCCUACUCACCUGGAUUUGAACCAGAAUCCACUCUUGCCUGUGGCUGAGCUGGAAGGAAAGGAGUCUGCCAGUGCUUCCACUGGUUCUCCUGCAUCAUCUUCUUCCACUGCGGUUUACCAGCAAUCUGAAGCAGCCUCCAGCACAGAGUCGCCACCACAAAAUGAAAGAAAUACUCCCAGCCCCAUUGAUCCUGAUUGUGUAGAAGUUGAGGUGAAUUUUAACCCUGACCCUGCUGAUUUAGUGCUGUCCAGUGUGCCUGGUGGUGAGCUCUUCAAUCCUCGCAAGCACAAGUUUACUGAAGAGGACCUGAAACCACAACCAAUGAUUAAAAAAGCCAAGAAGGUUUUUGUCCCAGAUGAGCAAAAGGAUGAAAAAUAUUGGACAAGGCGAAAGAAGAACAAUGUGGCAGCAAAGCGUUCCCGUGAUGCUCGGCGAUUAAAGGAGAAUCAGAUCACAAUUCGGGCAGCCUUUCUUGAGAAAGAGAAUACAGCCCUGAGGACGGAGGUUGCAGAGCUGCGCAAGGAAGUGGGACGAUGCAAGAACAUUGUUUCUAAAUACGAGACCAGAUACGGACCCUUUGACUUAUCUGAUUCCGAGUGAUGCAACUUUAAAGACUUUUAAAAACAAAGAAACUAAAAAGCACACAUGAAUCGCCAGUCUUCAGAGUGAGCAGUGAAUUCUGUGAGGUGUCCCAACACAAACAACUGACGAUGACCCUGCCUGCCUGCUUGCCUGCAAGUACCCCAUCUGAACUACCCAGGGCUGGGCAUGAUGAAAAGUGCAAAGUCUCCUUAAUUCUGUAUAUGGCUUUCUUAUCUGUCUUUCUCACUGUAACUAUGAACUACAGUAAGCUUACUUAUUGGGGUUUUGUCAAGACACUCAAAGUUCAUGUCUCAAAGUCUGUUGACAGCCUGUGUGAAUAGUAACUCUUUGUUCUGGCACUUGAGUGGAAGAAAAUAGGGAGUUUUAAAUAAAAGUGUCUGUAUAUAUUAAGAACUUCUAUAUUUUAAGAUGCUUCUCCCUGCAGUUGAAUGAGUUUUCUUUAAUACAGCAGCUCCCUUUUGGUACAGUGUAGCAUCAUGUGGAGUUCUGUGAGUGCAGAAUUGAAGAUGCUAGGAAAGCAGCAGCCUGUGAUGUGAGGCUUCCAAGUGCAGAAAAGUACAGCAGAUGUAUUGAAACAAUCCAGAAAGCACCACAGUGUGCCAUACAAAGAGUAGUAAUAAACCUCUAUCAAAUGACCCAUGUAAUAGUAGAACACUUGGGUUACUUUCUUGCUCCACAGCUACCUGCCUUUUCUUUUGUUUCUUUUAUGGGACUUGCUUGCUUUUAUGGAGUCUUGCUGAAACAAGAUCUAUUCUUCUGUUAACAAUUUAACAAUCAUGGAAAAGGUGCUAGUCUGAGCUGCUGAUUCCCAUGUCUUUUGGUGGUCUGAAACUGCCAAGUGAGUAUUAGCUCCAGCAAAACAAUGGCUAUUAGCUGCCAUGUUACAAUUUUCUGUCUCUUGACUACAUGAGAACUGCAGUGGUGAAAGAGAUCUCAGUUCAUCUGUUCUAUAAAACUGAAACAGCCAAUGAUUUUCCACAGUUACAGCAGGCAGCUUAGGUAUCGAGACCCUUCUGCUGGCGUGGAGAAUACCUGGAAGCUUGGACGGGUUGUGGGGAUGUUUAUUGUGUGUAGACGAUCGAGGAAUCAGAAGUUCCUUUGUAGGAGUUUCAUUAUCGUAACAAUCUACUGUUACAUUAGGGAAGCUUAAGAACUAAAUUUAUGUGGGAAGAAAAAGAAUACUUAAUUUCUGGGAAAGGAGUGCAGUGCCAUGCUUGUAACCAAAAUGGAGCUCGUAAGACGGGGGUGUAUUAAUGCCUGGAGAUUGAUAAACAGCAUAGACGUAAAGAAAAAUAAUCUUGAAAGCCUUCAGAAGCACAAGUGCUAAAAUGACAAGGCACAACUAGUUACCAGUAAAGCUCAAUGCUAUCAUGUUGAACAAGUAUUUUGACUUUUCAUUUACCCAAGAGAUUCCACUUCUCUUUUCAGAGCAGAAAGGCAAAGAGAAAAAGGAGCAAAGCAGCAACUAAUGCUGUAAACUUCAUUUAAAAAAAAAAAAAAAAAAUCUCAAACCCUAGAAUUUGUAACCAAUUAUUUUAAGAAGUCACCUUUGUAAAGAC